AUGGGACAGUUCACAUCCAGAGGAGACAGGUUGAGCUCCGGCGUCCGCCCUCACGUUCGCUUCUCAAACGACGGGGACGGACGUCACAGGUACCCGGAGGACUUCCAAACUCCAUCCACCAUUUCUGUCUCGGACAUGGAGUCAAGUGAAUCUGGGCGUCGGGGCUCGAGGGUGGAGCUGCGCAGGUCUUCCAUCUUCAGCACCUUAGACCUGGUCCCACAGCUGGAACACUACGCCAGCACAGUGCCGCCGAGGGGCCGACCUUCUCUGGUGGCCCUCUGCAAUUCAUUCUAUGGACUGGAGGCCGGAGACAAGGCAGCGAACACCAAAACAGUUAACGUGCCGGUCACCGACAAUGUAGACGGCUCUCAGGGGAACGCUCCUGGUAAAUUUGGUUGGAUGACCGGAGUCAUGUUCCGCUGCAUGCUGAACAUGUGGGGCGUCAUCCUGCUGCUCCGCCUCUCGUGGAUCACGUCUCAGGCCGGCAUCGUAUUGACCUGGCUUAUUAUCCUGAUGUCCAUGAUGGUGACCUCAGUAACUGCUCUCUCCAUCUCCGCCAUCGCCACCAACGGCAGGGUGACCUCAGGUGGGCUGUACGUCAUCAUCUCCCGCUCGCUGGGUCCUGAAAUCGGCGGACCAGUCGGGAUGGUCUUCUCCUUCGCCAACACCCUGGCGUGUGCGCUCAGCACCGUUGGCUUCGCUGAGGUGGUCAGUGGCCUGAUGCAGGAGUUCGGUGCUGUCAUGGUUGAUUCAGUCAAUGACGUCCGUAUUGUGGGCGUCAUCACGGUGACGGGGCUGCUGCUCAUGUCACUGGCUGGAAUGAAGUGGACGUCCAAGACCCAUAUUUUGUUCUUUAUAUUUGUUUAUGUGGUCUCUUUCUCCAACUACUUUGUGGGAACGCUCAUUCCUCCCGGUCCAGAGAAACAGGCCAAGGGCAUCUUCGGUUACCACGGUGACAUCUUGAUUUCAAACUUGAAACCAGCCUGGCGAGGAGCCGACGGCUCCUUCAUCCACAUGUUUGCCCUUUUCUUCCCCUCCACCAUUGGCGUCCUGUCUGGAGUCAACAUCUGCGGAGACCUCAAAGACCCUGCCUCGGCUAUUCCUAAAGGAACCAUCCUGGGCAUUUUCUGGGCAACAAUCAGCUAUUUAGCUAUUUCUGCAACCAUUGCUUCGUGUGUCGUACGGGACGCUUCAGGAAAUAUCGGUCACGUUCUGGAUGGAAACAUCAGUGAGAGCUGCGUGGGUCCGGGAUGUAACCUGGGCUGGAACUUCACAGACUGCAUCGAGUCGCAGUCAUGUGAUUAUGGUCUGGCCAACGACUUAAAGGUACCGGGCCACGUGGCGGGUUUCUACUACCUCAACACUGCCGGCGUCUUUGUAGCCACGUUGUCGUCGGCGCUCGGCUUCCUCGUCUCUGCUCCGAAAAUCUUUCAGUGUCUGUGCAGAGACAACUUAUACCCAUACAUUGGAUUCUUUGCAAAGGGUUAUGGGAAAAAUGAUGAGCCACUCCGGGCCUACAUCCUCUGCUACGUCAUUUCCGUGGCGUUCAUCCUCAUCGCUGAGCUGAACUCCCUCGCAGUCUUGAUCACCAACUUCUUCCUGUGUUGCUACUGCCUCAUCAACUUCAGCUGCUUUCACGCCUCGAUCACCAACUCCCCCGGUUGGAGGCCAUCAUUUCAGUACUACAGUAAAUGGACGGCUUUGUUUGGAGCUGUGAUCUCUGUAGUUCUGAUGUUCCUGUUUACCUGGUGGGCUGCGCUCAUCACCUGCUGUAUUAUAUUCUUCCUGUUCGGAUACGUCAGCUACAACAAGCCUGAGGUGAACUGGGGAUCAUCGGUCCAGGCGGGUAUAUACAACACGGCUUUGUCCUACUCUGUCGCUCUGUCGGGUGUGGAGGAUCACGUCAAGAACUUCAGACCGCAGUGUCUCGUCUUGACCGGGCCCCCAAACCAGCGCCCUGCACUGGUGGACUUUGUCGGCACCUUCACUAAGAAUAUAAGCCUCAUGAUCUGCGGAGACAUAAUCAUGGAGCAGGAAAGACAAACCCGUCCCCAGAACGCCACCGAGCGCUUGGUGAAGUGGAUGAACAGGAGGAAGGUGCGCUCGUUUUACACGCCUUUCAGUGCAGACUGCCUCAGAGCUGGAGCUCGACACUUGCUGCAGGCGUCUGGUCUUGGGAAGCUGAAACCCAACACGCUGGUCCUGGGCUUCAAAACCAACUGGAGGGAGAGUUCUCCUGAGAGAACUGAAGAUUAUAUCAACACCAUAAAUGAUACGUUCGACUCCAACUACUGUCUGUGCAUCUUGAGGAUGAUGAACGGGCUGGAUAUCUUUGACCAGUUUGAUUUCGAAGUGAACCAGGGAUUUGAACCUGAUGAAAGUGUGGAAAGUAAAGACCAACAGGCUCCUGUUAGAGAAUCAGUUGACGACAUCUCCACCAAAGGUGACGGCGACCAGGUGAAGACAGUGUUUCAGGACGACCAGGGGAAGAAGACCAUCGACGUCUACUGGGUGGCCGAUGACGGAGGUCUGACUCUGCUGGUGCCGUACCUGCUCACCAGGAGAAAACGCUGGCGCCUCUGCAAGGUCAGGGUCUUCAUCGUGGGAGAUGAGCACGACAUGGAGGCAGGACGCAACGAGAUGAUCUCAUUGCUGAGGAGGUUCCGUCUGGAUUUUAAUGACGUCAUCGUGAUGACAGACAGCGAGAAGCCUCCGCACGCCAAGAGCCUGAGUAGGUUUGAAGACAGUGUCGCCCCCUUCAGGCUACAUGAUGAACAGCAGCAAGACGUCUCAGUUCAGGAGUUAAGGCAAAGGGCCCCGGGGAAAAUAUCUGACAAGGAGUAUGAGGCCUUCAAACUUAAGUCUGAGAGAAAAGUGCGGCUGAACGAAAUCAUCCGGAGGAACUCCCAACAGGCCACUCUGGUGCUUGUGAGCCUUCCGGUGCCGCAGAGUGACUGUCCCAGUGCUCUGUACAUGUCCUGGCUGGACACGCUGACCUGCGGCCUGCACUGUCCCGCAGUCCUCAUACGAGGAAACCAGCAGAACGUCCUCACGUUCAACUGCCAGUAA